CGGCUGGUGAUGCUGGAAUAAAUAUGGCCGCCCCGGCGUCCGUCGGCUCCUCGGGCUCCCGCAGUCCUCGGCUGCCCGCCGGCCUUCGGCUGUUCCCCGUACUGGGGCUGCUGCAGCUGCUGGCCGAGCCUGGCCUGGGCCGCGUCCACCACCUGGCGCUCAAGGAUGAUGUGAGGCAUAAGGUUCAUCUGAACACCUUUGGAUUCUUCAAGAAUGGGUACAUGAUGGUGAAUGUCAGUAGCCUUUCAGUGAAUGAGCCUGAAGGAACCACAGACAAGGACGCAGCUAUUGCAUUCAGCCUAGACCGCACAAAGAAUGAUGGAUUUUCUUCUUAUCUGGAUGAAGAUGUGAAUUACUGUAUUUUAAAGAAACAGUCUGCCUCUGUCACCCUUCUAAUCCUAGACAUCUCCAGAAGUGAAGUGCGAAUAAGAUCUCCACCAGAAGCUGGUACCCAGUUACCAAAGAUCAUCUUCAGCAAGAUUGAGAAAGUCCUUGGUCAGAACCAGGAACCUGGUGUUAACGCUGUUUCAGCAGGCAGCCAGACUCAGAAAAAACAAGACAGUGGAAAGUCUGAAAGAAGUACAGUGGAUUCAAAGGCAACAGGAGAGAAAUCCUUUUCUGUUCGUAAUAAUGAUGGGGCAGUUUCAUUUCAGUUUUUCUUUAACAUCAGCACUGAAGACCAAGAAGGCCUCUACAGUCUUUAUUUUCAUAAAUGCCCUGGAAGUGAAAUACGGUCUAAUGACAAGUUUUCAUUCAGCCUCGAUAUCGACAUCACAGAGAAGAAUCCUGACAGCUACCUCUCAGCGGGAGAAAUUCCUCUCCCCAAAUUAUACAUUUCUAUGGCCUUUUUCUUUUUUCUCUCUGGGACCAUCUGGAUUCACAUCCUUCGAAAACGACGGAAUGAUGUAUUUAAAAUUCACUGGUUGAUGGCCGCCCUUCCUUUCACCAAGUCUCUUUCCUUGGUGUUCCACGCAAUCGACUACCACUAUAUCUCCUCCCAGGGCUUCCCGAUCGAAGGGUGGGCUGUGGUGUACUACAUCACUCAUCUCUUGAAAGGGGCACUGCUGUUCAUCACCAUCGCACUCAUUGGCACCGGCUGGGCUUUCAUUAAGCACAUCCUUUCUGAUAAAGACAAAAAGAUCUUCAUGAUUGUCAUCCCGCUUCAGGUCCUGGCAAACGUGGCCUAUAUCAUCAUAGAGUCCACCGAGGAGGGGACGACCGAGUAUGGCUUGUGGAAGGAUUCCCUGUUCCUGGUGGACCUGCUGUGCUGCGGGGCCAUCCUCUUCCCGGUGGUGUGGUCAAUCAGACAUUUACAAGAAGCAUCAGCAACAGAUGGAAAAGCUGCCAUUAACUUGGCAAAGCUGAAACUUUUCAGACAUUACUACGUCUUGAUCGUAUGUUAUAUAUACUUCACCAGGAUCAUUGCAUUUCUCCUCAAACUUGCUGUUCCGUUCCAGUGGAAGUGGCUCUACCAGCUCCUGGAUGAAAUGGCCACGCUGGUGUUCUUUGUUCUAACGGGGUAUAAGUUCCGUCCAGCUUCAGAUAACCCCUACCUACAACUUUCUCAGGAAGAAGAUGACUUGGAAAUGGAAUCUGUAGUGACCACGUCAGGGGUGAUGGAGAAUAUGAAGAAAGUCAAGAAGGUGACCAACGGCUCGGUGGAGCCGCAGGGUGAGUGGGAAGGCAGCGCGUGAUGGAGCAGCUCCGAGGCGGCACUGUCAAAGGAAACAAUUGAUUCAUAGUCCUGUUGGUCAGCGAGAGAGGUCGGCCCCUCCCGACGGUGACACCGCAGAGCACGUGGCUGGGAGCAAAUUACCACGGAAGCCGAACUUUUCACUCUUUUCUGGAAGCCGGAUCUGUGGCUAGUGAUAGGCAGCUAGAAUUCUCCUUCAGGUGGGAGUGCUGGGUAGUGGGUGUAAGAGAAGGAGGUUAAAAGGAAGACUUUGUUUUUAAUCUCUAUUAUUUUAAAUUGGGAACUCUUCAGGUAGGUGCAGUUGUGACCUAGUGUGUAGCAGCGGAAUGUUGGUGGAUGGGGCAUGGUGGGUGGCGGUGUGUCUGCAGCCAUUCAGGGCAUGGGAAGGGGCUUUAGGAAACGAGCAGAUGUCGAGUGGGGCACGGGGGCUCACAAAGAAGGGAGCGGCGAGCAUCGCUGCGUCUUGGGGAGAAAAAACGAGUGAGAUCAGGUUAUUUUAGAAAGCAAAGUCAAAACCCAAUUUAGUAUUAAGAACCUGCCCCAGGAUUUCUGGCCCUGAAUGUCACCCCAGACCUUCAUCCCGGAUUCUGAAAGUGACCAGGAACAACGGUCGUCCAAGGGCUGCGGUGUCAGAGUCUAGGCCCUGGUGGUGGCAAAUGGUUCUCUUGACUGAAGUGUGUUGUGUUACCUAAUGGAUGGACGGAAGUGUGUUUUUAAGCUCGAAAAGCCGCCUCCUGUAGGAUUUCCCUGAACAUCUGGUUCCCCCGACGGCCCAGAGCAGCACCGUCUCUGGCGGCCCUCUCUUCUCGCAGCUGCAUCUAUUUUGUGUGAUCAGAAUACGGGGAAACAGGAAGGACUUUUCCUUCAGGAGCAGCUGGGGGCAGAAAGGAUAAUGUUGAAGCAAAUCCUUAAGGCAAAUCGUCAUCAUGACAAAGCUUUUCCUGUAGCCAGGUAGGACUUCUAAAGGGAGGAAUGAAGCAGACCUUGUCCCUGUAUUCCAAGAGUAAGUAUGUGAAGAAGAUGAGGGUGAUUAAACAGGUUUACUCUCGGGGUGUGGGGAUGACGAGAUCUUUCACAGAAGCUCAGUGAGGUUGCCUUCCCAACUUUCAGAGCUUGGAGAGGAGCGCGGAUAGCUUGCCAGAGGUGAACAGUAUUGCAGCUCGUAGCCAAGUCAUCUGAGUAGUGGGACAAGCUCAGAAGGUUCGCUGUGAUGGAGGGCAUAGCAGGGCUUACCGCUCAUUUCCUGCUAAGGCUUUGGCUGCCAGAGCCUGAGCUGGGGACUGAAACACUGCAUCAGGCAAGCUCCCUGGAGCGUGGGGUCCCGGCCGGGCCGGGUAGCUCCCGGUGCCCACGUGCGUCAGGAGCCCGAGCCCCACCCGACCUCCUGGCCUGCCUCCUGGGUGCUGGAUGGUGACGGUAGCUGGUGGUUAUUCUCUUACCUCUGGCUUGGAAGGGUCGAUCAGAAGCCACAAGAUUUCGGGGUGCCGCUCAGUAUGCCCGGUUUGGGAACCUGAAGUGUCUUUACUCAGAAAACAGUUGUUUUCCCUCUCCUGUACCACUGUCACUUCCUAAAUGGCCGGUGAGGAAGCAAGUGUCCUUUUUAUGCACUUCGAUGAGCCCUCUGUGCUCUGCCCAGUGCCACCUCCACAGGGGCUCGGUCCUGGCUGAGUGAGGAGGAAGAGCCAGCAUCUUCCAAGGCCGCUGCUGCCCAUCUCUCCGCAGAUAUCUUAGGGAAGGGUUCGUGUGUCUUCCCAUCUUCAGGAGCAAGGGAAUAUGCCCCAAGUAUUCAUCUAAGGGCCUUUUUUUGUCUUUUAAGUAAUCUUGGAGCUGUGUGACGGGAGAAGGAAGUGGCAGGGAGGACGGGAGUAUUUUUCAGACUUUGUUUUCCUGAUGUGAACACCAUCCCAGUGAUUAAGAAAUGUGUCUCAUACUGUGUCCAAAACUCCCUUUGGUGCUUCCCUCCGAGGGACGUGUUUGCUGUUUGUCCUGCAAGCAGAUGUUCUCGACUAGGCCAAGACCUCUUGGCAAGAACCAAAGGUUUGAGGAAACACACACACACACACACACACACACACACACACACACACACGAAAGGGUCUCCACAGAGGUGUCCUCACUUCAUGUGCUGGAAGCGGGGAAGCGAGUGAAUGAAGAUGAGGGUGUGCAUGUGGGCUGGCACCGGCCCCUGCUCAGCCCUCCUGCUCUGAGGUCCCCGGGCUCCAGCCGUCACAGGAGGGCAUGAGCCAGAGGGCUGGGCUUCUCUGUGGUACCGGGUGGUCUUCAAAUCCCACGCGGCACCUCUAGGCUCACAGAAUGGCUGAGAGGCUGCAGUUUUACAGUCCUGACCCUUCUGGAACCGGAAGGUACAAAUGAGAUAAGGUGGUGGAUUAGAAAUAAAGGCAGGCCGCAGGCUUCCUAACAAACGGGUCGUCUGCCCACGUCCUAUAUUUUAACUGGCAGAAGGUUUAAAGGCAGGCCGCUGAUCAAGAGAAAUCAAAACCCCAGCCCAAGAUUGGGAAAAUAGGUGGUAGUUCAAGUUUUUACAUAAUUAUUUAAGCUCUUCAUCUUGUUCCGCAAAAAUUUGUUCUCUUUCUCUAUGACUUGAUGGCUAUGAGCAGCAUUCAGCUCUACUCUUGAGUAAAGAUGAACGACUGGGGUCUAAAGCCAAGUUGCUUCCCCAGCUGACAGCCCGCUUCCUGCAGCCCGAUUUUCACCGUCCGCUUGGGCUCGUGGCGAUGCAGUGUGUGAGUGGUUAAGCGCGCUCAGUAUUUCAGGGAUCGGUGCACAUCACAGAACGAUCGGUGGUAUUUAUAGCUUCGCCCUGUGCUGCUGCUCCCCGUUUCUGCCUGCGCGAAAUAUACGUACUUCCUCUGAGCAUCCGGCCGUGGGCUGGAAGUGCCGCUGCCUGUGAAACUUUAGGAAGUGAAGGGUCUGUUUUCCUUUAAUAAAGUGUGUGUGUUUUGCUGGAAAAUUACUUCUUGGACCACAAGAACCAUCACUGAUCUCUUAAUCCUGGCUCUUAACAGUGGCCAAAGACUCCAUCAGCCUGUUUCUUGGUCCCGCAGUACUUUAACGUUUUAGCAGCAGUGCCUCCACUGAAUAUGCCUGCUGGCUCGUUCUCUUGUAAAGAGAAGCUUGCUCUAGUGUAAAAGAUGGUUUCUCAGAUCAUAGCCUGAGUCAGUUCAGUUUUCUUUCAAGAAACCACUUUAGAGUAAAAUUUCCAGUUUUUUUUUCCCCUGGACAUGUGUCCGGCCAGCCAAGGCGGCACCCAGUCUCUUCAUAAGUCCACUCCACGGGGCUGUCACGGCAAGGCGUCCACUCCCUCAUUGUGAUCUCGCCACAGGAUGCUCUCCUCCCCCCUCCGUCUUCCCUCUCCCCCUCUUCUUCCUCCCCCCUCCUCCUUCCCCUCCUUCCUCCCCCUCCUCCCUCUCCCCCCUUCCUCUUCCCCCCUCCUUCUUCCCCUCCUCCCCUCCCCUCCUCCCCCUCCCCACUCCCUCCUCCUCCUCCCCCCUCCCCUCCCCCUCCUCCUCCCCCUCCUCCUUCCCCCUCCCCCCCAUCUCCUUCUCUUUCCUCGCCUUGGCCCUCGCCCAUCAGUUCCACAUGGGCUCAGUCUGGGAUACGGGCUGAAGCCUUUGGUGCAUUGCAGCAUUUUCUCCCAGCAGCUGUGUGAAGGAUGUAUUUUCCAAGCUAAGGAGAAUUUUAUCCCAAGAGCACAUAUUAUUGCUUUGGACCAUAUAUGAUCUGCCCCCCGCACGGAAGUGUAUGUCUUGUUUUAGUCCGUACCGACCAAGGAACAGUGUCAAAGAUGCCAGUUUUAAUUGUGAGUGGCUCUGGCCAUCUCUGCCAUCCUGGAGCAGUUCCUUCGAGGGAGGCGUCUAGGACCUGAGACAGUCUGAUGGGUUAUCAGCCCUGCUCUGUACACCCCGUGGAACAGUGGGGCUGUUGGUGCUUCCUGCGGCCGAGCAGCGAGUUCAGAGGGCACGGCUCCUCGCCCACUCCUCCUCCCGCUCUGCACUCCACACCUCGCCCUUGCUUCCCUGACCCACGCCUGACCGUCAGCAGAUUCCAAACACGCUGGGUCCAGGGUGCCUGUGGCCUGCUGCUUUUUUUUCUCUUGAGAAUUCAGAAUUCCCCACUGAAGAAGUUAAGUUAGACUUUGACUUGAUACCUCUUGGUGUAUCAGAAACCAUACCAGACGUUCUAGAAGAUCUGCCCUUUACUCCAGUUUUCUCUAGGGUGUUUCUGGCAGGAGGUCGUACAAGAGCUCCACCUGAGUUGAUGCUAAUACUUGUCACUAGGACCUGGAAUGUAGUUACUGACUGGCAAGCCGGACAUUCCCCCCGGGCCCCUUCUGUCGCCUGGCGAUGCAUCUGCCCUCUCUGCACGGCUUAUGCUUGAAAGAUAAUGUUUUUCAGUGGCUCGUUGCUAGGACAUGGGCACGCACAUCCUCUGAGAGACUGUGUGCAGAAAGCACUCGGCGGGGAGGGGCGGGGAGGGGCAGGAACAAGGGUUCGGUUGUGUCGCGUCAAGGACCUUUGGGACUCUACUGGCAGGAAGUCUGCAGGCAGGCCAUUUGGGAAGGAGUGCGGAUAAAGUCAGUAAAGGUCAAGGUAAAAUAGAAGAGCUAGCUCGCCCCCAGACAGCAAGCUUAUCUUGGGGUGGGGUUUGAGGCUUUGGGGUGGGCAGCCAAACCAGUCAGGGGGCCAGGCGGUCAGCCUUCUUAGCGUUUAAUACACUUAUUACAAAAGGAGCCAAAAAUCCUGUCCACACAAGGGGGUUUCUUGAUGCCUUAAGCAGCUUUUGUGGAUGAUAAAUUGGAUUUGCCUAGUCAUGUGACCUCAGAAGAACUCAGACACAUCCAAUCCAGAAAUAAGUUUCAUUUGGGGGAGAAAACGUCUGUAAAUAUUCUUUGCUUUCCAGGUUAGAAUGGGAUGCAGCAGGAGUUUUCGGUACUUUUUUUUUUAACACUGAUGGUCACUGAAGAGUGUUUAUGUGAACAUCUGCCGGGUGGAGGUUCCGAUCGGGGUGAUGUAGGGGACGGGUUCUCCUGCUGCGAUGCAAACAUGUAAAAUAAAGAUUCUGUGACAGGAA